AUGACAGCCACCGUGCCCAUUCCCCACUCCAGUCUGCUGGCCGGCUCGGACAGCGGCUGGGGUGUGGGAGUGGGAAGGGAGAGUGAGGUCGACGACUCAGCGCACUUUCUCCUCACUAUAAACAAUCUGACGCGCUUGAAGCUAUCACGGUGCGCUAAAAGCCGUGGCUUGGAAGGUUGCCAACUGACGGGGUAACUUGGACCUCCUCCUUGACCGGAGGCGGUCUGAGAGUCAGGCUGCAAUGGCUCCUUUUUAAUGUGGCCUUUAUGGCACUCCCAUCACAGUGUGGGAUCCGAGCCAGGCGUUGGCGGCACGCCCAGGUGCGGCUUCGGCCGUGCCAGCCUCCAAAUCUCUCUUGUGUUGGUUGAAAUCCUGGUUAUUUGUUGUGUGGACCAGGGGGUGUGGUGGAAUGCCAAGGUGAGGAUCCGUCCGAGCCGUCCACCUGCGGCCUCCCUCGUAUCCGGUCUUCUUGACUCUGUCUUGACACCGGGCUCGGGCGAGGGAGGAGGAGAGAGUGUAGGUAGAUGCUACGCAAGUCUACUGGCACUAUAAACCCCUGCGCAAGUCACCGUCCCUGUCCUCACCGCUGCUGCAGCUGUGGGGCACACGGUGGACAUCAUGGAAAUCGGUGGUCGAACUGUCGUGUGUAUACGCCGUGGAGGCAGGCAGUGCGCGUCAGGAAGUUGGGUCAUGUGAGACACUCCCACUGUCAUUUACUCGCAUGCACUCACGCACGCGUAGUUGUUUUCUGCCAGUUCAGAUCACGCGCUGCGUAUGACGGCGAAUCCAGACGUCGAACGGCAGCAGCAGCAGCAGUGAGAUGAAAAAGCGGCUACGCUGUCAUCGGAUGUAGUGGGAGUUGCGCAGGAAUGCAUGAAGUUCCUGGCUGGGGGUGAAGAUGGGAGAGUAAUAACGUGAGCUUACGUACUGCAGACAUGGAAAGUGGAUUUUGGGUAACUGAGACCUGUGAAGCACGGCUUUCGCGUAGCUUGUACAUUCACGAGAGGGGCCGACGGGGUCUGAAACUGGGCAGAUGGAUUUACUCAAAGUCCGAUUACCAAAUCUAUUUUGGUUAAAAUACGAGUCCGUCCAGAAGUGAGGCAGGGAAGUGUCGGCUGACGAUGAUGAUGAUGGCAAUGAUGGUUGUGGUGGUGAUGGUGAUGAUGAUGAUGAUGAUGAUGAUGAUGAUGAUGAUGAUGAUGAUGAUGAUGAUGAUGAUGAUGAUGAUGAUGAUGAUGAUGAUGAUGAUGAUGAUGAUGAUGAUGAUGAUGAUGAUGAUGAUGAUGAUGAUGAUGAUGAUGAUGAUGCACACAUCCAUUUGGCGGGCCACUUGGUGGUCCGGGCAUAA